CCGGAGAGUCGCGGAAGACAGGGGAAUGUUUGAAAUCACCUAACGUUUGAUAUCUAGAAGGUGUCCUUUUUUUGUCUCGAGGUCAAGUAUUAAAGUGCAUCUGGCCGUGCUAUCCAACCCUAAGGUCAUCCAGGCUGGAAGCUAAACUGUAAGCUGUUCCAUUGAAAGUGCGAACUGAGGGUCUUUGACAAAGCAUGUCGUUGAGGGUUGCAAGAUUAUAGUUUUUCCCCAAGCAAACGACAGGCAGUGUUUGCUCUCCAUGGAAACGGCCACUGUUCUUGUCCAUCCCGAUCAAGUCGAGAUUCGAAACCCCGCUUCGACUUGAGCUUGCCCAUCUGCCGAUCCUACACGUGUCCGAUGUUCCGCACAAGCCUUGAGAUUUCUUAGGAAAACAUUCCGCGUCGUAGACGUAGUGGCGUAAUCAGCAUGAGAGCUACUGAGUUUCAAAAUAAGCCUGUUGAACUUAUAUAUGAGGCGUCGUUGAAUUUGUUCUGUUAGAUGCGUACGGUAUCUUCACAUCCAGGCUACCACGAACGCUCCUUUGCGGCUGUACAACUACUCUAAAAUCCCGUGUACCAUGGCUUCACCUGAACGCAAGAUUAUGCUUAAGCGCAUUGCGCACAUAUACUAUAUUCAUGAAGAUUUGGAGAAGGUUGAUCAGUUCCUACACGACUUUGGAUUCACUACGACACGAAAGGAUGAAGACAAAAUUUACUACAAAGGCUACGGCACCGAACCUUUCGUGUACUGUCUGAUAAAGGGGCCAAAGAAGCAGUUUGGUGGUGCAGCAUUUGCCGUUGAGUCUUUGGAAGAUCUAGAGUUGGCGUCACGGACUCUACCCGACGCAACUCCAAUCCAUGAUCUAGACGCUCCUGGUGGAGGCAAGCGAGUGUCGUUCAAGGAUCCUGUUGACGGCUUUCCGUUCCACCUCGUGUACGGUCAGACCCCAAUUGAGGCUGCUGAAGAGCCUCCAGUUCUUCAAUACAACCACGCCGCUACUAAGCCUCGCCCGGUAAACCAUGUUCAGCGUUUCAAACACGCCCCCGCCGCGGUUCACAAACUUGGCCACUUCGGGUGCUGCGUCACUGAUUUCCAGAAAACGUACGAGUUUUACACCACGUACUUUAACUUCAAGGCUUCAGAUCUCAUAUUCGAUCCUCAGACGGGCAAGGACAUCACAGCGUUCAUGCACCUCGACCGUGGCACCGAGCAAGUGGACCAUCAUUGCUUUUUUUUCUUUGAAGGGCCAGAGUUCCACGUUCACCACUCUAGCUACGAAGUGCACGACUUCGACGUGCAGGGUCUCGGCCAUCAGUGGUUGAGGGACAAAGGGUACGAAUCUGUAUGGGGCAUUGGUAGACAUGUCCUAGGUAGUCAGAUCUUUGACUACUGGUGGGAUCCGAGCAGGUUCAUGAUGGAGCAUUAUACCGAUGGCGACCUAGUCGAUGAGACGACAAAGACAGGCCGCGAGCCCGCGGGACCGGAUGGGCUUCAUAUAUGGGGCCCCCCGCUGCCUCCAACCUUUUUACAGUAAUAUAGUAUAGCUGCUGGGUAGAAUUCUUGUGGGAGUUCGAAAUACCACAAGAGUUCGAAAUCCAAGUGGUACCCAUCAACAUGUCAUAUGCUCGAUCUUUCAAUGUCUUGAAAUCACCAUCUGCAGAACUUGAGCGUUGAUGUCUCAGAGUGCGUAGCCAAAAUAGAAU